AUGAGGAAACUACUGCAGGUUCAUUCUGACUUUGUUUCUUCCUCCAGACUGGAUCAUGGUGGAGAGCAGAGGCUGAAACCUGUUCCAAAGAGGUUUUUUCAUCUCAUUCAGUCUCAUUCUCACUUUGUUAAUAAAGCAACAAAUAAACCAUCAGGUGUGUUAGAUGAUAAACUGCUGCUGUAUUGUGUCUCAUUCUCUUCAUCAGAUUUCUGUGAACUCACAGUGGACCCAAACACAGUCAACAGAAACCUCAAACUGUCUGACAACAACAGGAAGGUGACAGCAGUGACAGAGAAGCAGCCAUAUCCUGAUCAUCCAGACAGGUUUGAUGCUUAUUAUCAGCUGCUGUGUACAGAAGGUCUGACUGAUCGCUGUUACUGGGAGGUCGAGUGGAGAGGAACAGUUCAUAUAUCAGUGAGUUACAGAGGAAUCAGAAGGAAGGGAAACAGCACAGACUGCUGGUUUGGAGGGUAUAAUCAGUCCUGGUGUCUGAGGUGCUUUGAUGACGGUCGUUACUCUGUCUGGCACAAUAAGGAAGAAACAGUCCUCCCCUCAUCCUCUGUCUCUAACAGAGUAGCAGUGUAUGUGGACUGUCCUGCUGGCACUCUGUCCUUCUACAGAGUCUCCUCUGACACACUGAUCCACCUCCACACCUUCAACACCAGAUUCACUGAACCUCUGUAUGCUGGGUUUAGGUUAGGUCCUGGUUCUUCAGUGUCUCUGUGCUCAGUGUAG